AUGGGGGCCACCGCCGCCGCCGAGACCGCGACCUCGACCCGCGUGCACUUCGAGGAUGUCAUCGUGACCAACAGCCGCACGACUGACAUGGCGCACACGCUGUGGCGCGCGGUCAUGCGUCCCGGCGACACCGUCGUCGACGCCACCAUGGGAAACGGUUGGGACACCGUCGCGCUCGCUCGCAUCCUCGCCGACCUCGACGCGUCACCGGCCGGUGACGCGUCCAAGCCCGGCAGAGUCGUCGCGUUCGACGUUCAGGAGGACGCGCUGACGAGCACGCGCGCCAGGGUACGCGAGAUGCUCACCCCGGAUCAGGCGUCGCGCGUGGACCUCGUGCUGAAGAGCCACGAGCGAAUGGAGGAACACGUGAGGACGGAUGCGGUGGGCGUCGUGUGCUUCAACCUGGGUUACCUGCCGGGUCCCACGGCGGACAAGGAAGUUCGCACGCGGCGGACGACGACGGUGAGCGCGGUGGCGUCCGGGGUGAGGGUCCUCCGUCCCGGGGGCGUUCUCACCGUGGUCGGGUACACGGGGCACGAGGGCGGCUGGGAGGAGGUGGAGGCGGUGAUGGAGCUGGUGUCUUCGCUGGACCCGCGGGAGUUCACGGCGACGAACCACUCGGUGGUGAACCGCGAUAACUGUCCGCAGCUCAUCGCGGUGCACAGAAAGGAGACCAAGUGA